AUGAUAAAAAACAAAAUUGGUUUACUCGUCAACAAUCGCUUCCGAAUUAUGCAAAGUAUUGCUUCUGGUUCAUAUGGUGAAAUUUUUGCAGCAGAGGAUUUGCACAGUCCUGGAGUUAAAAAACAAAGAGUUGCUGUUUACAAAUCCGUUCUUUAUGAAGAUGGAAAUGGAAAAGUGGAAGGUUUUCCUCAAGUUUAUUGUUAUGACCACGAAUUUGGACAUAACACGAUUGUAUCACUUGGUGAGCAGAUGAUUCACAGAAUAAGGCAUCUACACCAACGCGGAUUUAUCCAUCGAGAUAUUAAACCAGAAAAUUUUCUGAUGGGAUUGCCUCCUGGAAAAGAAAGCACUCUUUAUUUAAUCGACUUUGGUUUGGCGAGAAGAUAUCGAUUUCGUGAAGGUGAGAACAGAACAUUGACUCAUAUCCCUUUUCGUCGUGGUCGUAGUUUUAUUGGCACAGCAAAAUAUGCAAGUUUAAACAGUCACAAAAAUAUUGAAUUGAGUCGAAGAGAUGACCUUGAAAGUUUGGCCUAUGUUCUCAUAGAACUUGUUAAUGGGCAUUUACCUUGGAAGAAUAUUUCAAAAAGAAAUGCAACUACAAGACAUCAAGCUAGCCAAAGAAUUAGACAAUUAAAAGAACAAACAAGUUGGGAAGAAUUUUGUCCGUGUUUGGCAAAAUUUAUUCGUUAUUGCCGUGAAAUUCAUUUUGGAGAUGAGGUUAUUUUUAAUGAUAAGGUUUUUAAAAUUAAGCUAAUUUUUAGCCUAAUUAUGAUAAAUUACUCGACAUGUUACAAUCAGUUCUAA